AUGUGGCUACUACCACAGCAAGCCUUGCAGUUGGCCGGCUGGCUUGGCGAAUGGGAAGGAGAAGCCUUUGGCAGCCAAGAGACGAACUUCUGGCGGCAACGGAUGAUCCUUGCCAUGAAGAGCCGUUUGGAAGCUUUGGCCUUUGAUGCGAGUUCCCUACCUGCAGUGGUGGGGAUGCACGCGAACACCGUUUUAUGGUUCAGCACGAGCAGACCAUUAGCAAUGGCUAUGGUCUCAGACAGGUCCUUCAAUCUGGAGCCGUUGAAUGCCUUGCAUUUGGACCACAUUGUAGGCAGUCCAGAGCAACAAGCCAAAGGGUUUGGAGCCACACUUCUUCAAGGUUUGGUGCAGCGUGCUGCCAUGACCCAGCAGGUCUUGGUUUUGGAGCCUCAGUCUCCGGGCUUGGAAGCCUACUUCGGGCGCCUUGGCUUUCGGCACGUCCAGGAGGUGGAUCCAUAUCUUUGGAUUCCUUCUGGGAAGUUGGACAACGAGGUCUGUCUGCGCUUUGUGCUGUCCGAAGAUUCGGACCACGAGAGGCUUCUCGCUGCAUUCAAACGACCUCCUGAGUGGAUGGGUGUCACUGAGGAGUUCUAUGUGGCCUCCCGACAGGACACGUCCUCCUUAGAUGUGUUGGCCCUUUUCGCCUGCAGCCGCGCGUCCUGCCGCCGCGGCUUCGCUCGACGGUUGAAGCGAUCCAAGCCCAGUGCAGCCUACGAGGUGGGAGACAUCGAGGAGGUGGAUCUUUCGGAGAUCAUGGCCAUCAUGCGAAGCCCCGAGAAGCUUCAGGAGGUGAGCUGGAGCUGCGCUGAAGGAUUUGGCGAAGGACCUUGGACCUCGCUUCCAGGGAACUUCUCGGGAUUGGGUCGCUGCAGUAUCUCACAGAAGGCAUUCACUUUGCCCGGUGUGUUGCCAUCUUUAGGCAAAAUCGACUUGGUCAUUGAGUCUUUGGAGCUGCAGAUGAGAAGGGAACCUGUGCACUCUGUAUCCAUUACGUGCAACCUGGGGAUCCUUGCAGAGGUCCUAGAAGUCACUCGGCACUUCUUCAACACCUUUCGAGUCCGGGCGGCUUUCCAUCGGAACCCCUUAGCAUGGAACUUGGAGGCGAGGAAGGGCGCUCUGAGAAUGCCAACGAUCCAUGAAGCUUACGGUACAAUCUGUGAAGCUCAUGUAAUUAUAUGUAUAUCAUUACAUAAUCACAUAUCUAUAGAUGGAAUACAACACAAGAGGCUUGGAUGA